AUGACGGGGAUCCUGCCUACAUACCAGCGUUUUGUGAAUGGCGUCCCCGUGCCGUCCAUAUCCCGUCGCGCGUUCCGUUUGCGGGAGAAAUAUUUGAUUGUUUCUGUACUUUUGACAUUCGCGAUCGUGUGGUUAGGAGCUCUGUUUUACUUGCCAGAGUUUAAAAGUUCGAGUGUGAACGAUAGUGUGUAUAAUGUGUAUAAACGGAUCCAGAAGGCUGGUCCGGAGUUGUUGAUGCCGCCUCCGCUGCAGCAAAAUGACGUCGGAGAGUUUCCUGUGGUAGGGAUGAUGCACCAUGGGCAUGGAGUAGAAGGUGAUGAUCCUCACGUAGUGGAGGACAGGCAUCGGUUACGGGCAAAAAUUGAUGAGGACAUGAGUAUGAAGGUGUUGGAAAGGCCAGAAUUCGAAGUUCGGCCUUCCAUUUCGUCUUCCCGAGCGUCGAGCAAAGCUCCCAAUGCCAUUGAGGAGCCUGGGAAGGCUGCGAGCAAGUUUGUCUCGCCGUCAGGGCCCAAGGUGGCCGGCUCCGAACUUAAAUACGUGGCCGUUGCUUUAGGACCUGAUGCAGACCCAGAAGUGAGACAUAAACAGGAAACUGUCAAAGAGAUGAUGAGACACGCGUGGAACAACUACAAACUAUACGCGUGGGGCAAGAACGAACUGAAGCCAAUGUCCAAACGGGCUCAUUUGUCAAGCGUCUUCGGGCCGCACGACCUGGGAGCCACGAUCGUCGACGGCUUGGACACGCUGUACCUGAUGGGCAUGAUGGACGAGUUCAGAGAAGGCCGAGAUUGGGUUGCGGAGCAUUUGCAUAUUAAUGAAAUCGAUUCUGAGCUGUCAGUGUUCGAGACGACGAUCCGCUUCGUGGGCGGGCUGCUAGCGUGUUACGCUCUCACGGGUGACUCCAUGUUCAAAGACAAGGCUGCUGAGGUAGCUGACGCCUUGCUGCCGGCCUUUGAGACUCCCACUGGACUACCUUAUGCCCUCAUCAAUCCUUCUACUAAGGCAAGCCGGCAAUACCACUGGGCUGGUCCUAACAGCAUUCUCUCAGAAAUCGGCACUCUGCAUUUGGAAUUCACUUACUUAACCGACAUUACAGGAAACGAGGUGUACAAAGAGAAGGUGGACCGUAUCCGGCAGGUGCUGAACGACAUCGAGAAGCCGGGAGACCUGUACCCCAACUACAUCAAUCCGCGCUCUGGACAAUGGGGACAGCGUCACGUAUCCCUUGGCGCUCUCGGCGACUCUUUCUACGAGUACCUGCUGAAAGCGUGGCUGAUGUCCGGAGAGACCGACGACCAAGCGCGCAUUAUGUUCGACACCGCGAUGCAAGCCGCGCUCGAUAAGAUGCUGCGCGUCUCUAACUCUGGCCUGUCCUACUUAGCCGACUUGAAGUCCGGCAGAGUGUUUGAGGAGAAAAUGGAUCAUUUGUCUUGCUUUUCCGGCGGCAUGUUUGCUCUAGCCUCAACGACAUUGAAGAACACAUUAUCUGAACGCUACAUGGACGUGGCGCGCAAGCUGACGCACACCUGUCACGAGAGUUAUGCUAGAUCUGAGACCAAACUCGGGCCUGAGGCUUUCAGAUUUACGGGUGCAGUGGAGGCGCGUGCACAAAAGAGCAAUGAGAAAGUGUACCUUUUGAGACCAGAGACCUUCGAGAGUUACUUCAUCAUGUGGAGACUUACUAAAGAUCAGAAGUAUCGUGAUUGGGGAUGGGAGGGUGUGCAGGCGCUGGAAAAGCACUGCCGGGUGGACGGCGGGUACACGGGUCUCGUCAACGUGUACCACCAACAGCCGCAAGGAGAUGAUGUGCAGCAGAGCUUCUUCUUAGCAGAGACGCUAAAGUAUCUGUACUUGCUGUUCUCCGACGAUUCGUUCCUGCCGCUUGAUGAGUGGGUGUUCAACACCGAGGCGCAUCCGCUGCCCAUCAAAGGCAAGAACCCGCUGUACCGCGCCGUACCGCGGCACAUCAAUGCCGACGACAACGACAACACCCUGUAGGCACUCUGGCACGUUUCACAUUCUUCAACCCUUUUCUUCUUCAGCGAAUCAGUCAAAUCCAUUCGAGAAGAAGCGGAAACUGAGAGAACUGUAUUCGUUGUAUGGUGUACGAUUUUUUGCUCGAUGAGUUUGUGAUAUGUUCGACGGUUGGCUUCAGACAUUCAAGCGAAUUUUUGUUUUAAUAUGUCUGGAAAUGUGUACUUCAGGGCGUUGUUUUAUACGCCCGCCUGUGAAGUAGUGACAGUUGCACAAGGGAUAAAUUCAACUAGAUCUUUUUGACGAUAUUCAAUAACAAUUAAUUGAAAAGAGUGCCUACCAAAUUCUUGUUACGUGAAAAGAUAAUAAAAUAAAAACUAUUUAAUUGAUAAUUGAAAUGAAUAGACAAGCCGUUUGAAACUUUUUAAAUUAAACUUGUUAUUGAAUAUCGUCAGAAAAAUCUUGUUGAAAUUAUCCUAUGUACAGCGCGACAUAACUGUUACGCGACAUAGCUGUCACCCCUCCCGCACCGCGCAGCUACCUCAGGGACCGGCUCAAUUCAGCGGUAAGCCUGUAGAAGUACCGCCCGUUAAUACCCUUUUAAAAGUGAUACGAACUCGAGACAGAUGUUUCAACGAUUUGCUGAAUUGUGCUGACAAAAUGUAGCGUAACACUUAAAUGAAAUUGAUAGGCGAAUUUGUUUUUUAACUUUUUAACCAAUAAGAGUGUUGUGUUUAUUACAGUUACGUCUUUCUAGGUCCUUUUUUUAAUGGCCAGUUUUCUCAUAAAAACAUUAUUGACUUAAAAAAAGUUUUAACGAGAACAUAAUAUCAAUUAGAAUAUUAAGGCCUCUGUUUAAGUGUAUAAGACCUACAAAGAGAUAUUUUUCUGAUUUUUUUAUUCUACUGAUUAUUAACAUUUAGUUUUAUCUAUUUAAUACAGUAUCAAUUUUUUUUCAAACAAUCUUAAUUUGCAUUUAUAACUUGCCGUAUUACCUCGUUACUCUCUCUUUAUAGCACUUUCAUCCUAGGUCUAUAUCCCUUUUUCACUCUAACAUUAACUUAAAAAUCUAGAUUAUAGACCACUAUUCUUAUGAACUGUACUAUAGAGUAGCAUCUUUUAUCAUGAAAAAGUAAUAAUUAAAAUUAAGAUCAUAUGAGAAUAUUCUAAAAUAAUUUUAAACUGAUACCGGUAUUUCUUGAUAGAUAUUUGACAUUUGUUAUUGAUUGAAGUUGAAGAAAGUGUUGCUUAAUUUCGCAGUGAUUACAAGUAAUUACAAUCUUAAUUUGGUAAUGUACUUUUGAGAUUGAGCUGACAAAAAAAAAAUGAAUUUGUAUCACUAGGUUUGGAAAUAUGGAAAUAGUAAAGAUGUAACAAACAAUCGGAUUUAGAUCAGAACCAGUUAUUUCCAUAUAACAUUUUGUUACACUUUGGUACACCAUUAUUUUUUUUAUAAAAUACACU